CACCUGCUGUAUUUCACGGGGUAUUUAAAUAAGUCACGGCCGAUAUUUUGGUUAUUCUUGUUUUAAAUCUUUUUUGUGUCGCGGAAAUACUGGGCUUAUUUCAUCAUGAUCAGGCUUAUUUAUUUAAGGUGUAUUUGAUAAAAAUCGCCCCGAUGUGAAAAGGAAGCAUGGACCUUAAAUAUCUGAUCCUAAUGAUUGCGUUCGCGACUGUCGAGAUAAACGUCACUGAGAGUCGACAAAACGACAAAAGAAGAUGGAAAAAUGACAAAGGAACAUAUUCGCACUACAUCAAUAUCUGCGAUAUACAGGACCGAGUGUCCAAAGUACACUGUUACUGCGAGAGCAUCAAGAUAAAAACGGCCACGAAAGCCGAUUGCUGGGUGUUCAACGGCGGCAUAGCCGAGGACGAUCCGUUUUGGUCCAAUUUUUAUUCGCAGCCUAAAAUAGAAAGGCUAGCUUUCAACGUUCGGGCAGACGGCGGUUUGACAUACAUACCAUCUAAAGUGAUCGUUAGACUAGAUCGACUACAACACCUCAAUAUUCAGUACGCGAACAUUUUCAGCUUACCUUCGUUCGCGUUCACUAACUCGACGACUCUCAGGGAAAUCUCUUUACCGAAGAACAAGAUAGCGAAAUUGGAGAAGAUGGCGUUCGCCCACCUGAUAAUGCUGUCAAACGUCAGCUUAGUGGAAAAUCAGAUAUCGGAGUUGAAGCGCGACGUGUUCUACGUCUUGCCGAAUUUGCAAAAGUUACACCUUUCCAAGAAUACUAUAAGUGUGCUGCACGACGGUUGUUUUAAGCACCUUAGUAAUCUCAUCAAGUUAGAUCUUGACAGUAAUUUACUGACUGUCGUAAUCAGGGAGAACUUCCAAGGUCUGUCUAACCUGAUUAAUUUGGAUAUGAGAAACAACAAAUUGACGAUGAUAGGGGACUUGGCGUUCGCGGAACUUUGGAGUCUACAGGAACUUUACCUGGAUGGAAAUGAAAUAGAAUUUAUAUCCGAAAGGGGGUUCGGUGGAUUGACGCAGUUGAGGAAACUUUCUUUGGCUGAUAAUAAGUUGGGAACAUUAGACGAUGGCGUGUUCACCGAUAUUCAGAAGUUGAGUGUUUUGGAUUUAAGGAAUAAUAUGCUGGAGACUUUGAGACAAGAGACCGUGGAUAACAUUGUGGAGAAUAUGAAGUUGAAUUACGCGCUAAUCUCUCUUGACGGAAACAAACUGACGUGCGACUGUCGCCUGUCCUGGCUUCACAGGCUGCGUAACGAAACAAAGAGUAAACGUCUCAAGAUAUCUCUGGACCGACUCAAUUGCGUUAUGGACAACAAACUGAAGACUAACCUAGUCGACAUACAAGUUGAGAAAGUCUCACCUAAAAUUUCAAUCUCUUACAAGAAAGAUGACAAAAUCUACGACGAUAAUGAAGAAGACUUAGGUGAUGAUAAUAUGUACGAAGAUACUAUGCAAGAUCAGGAUAUAGAUUCAGAUAAGACCAAAAUAGAGUAUCGUAGGAAACUGCUUGAAAUUCCAACAGAAAUGCUACCGUGUCCAAAAAAGCUUUCUUAUGAGGAAGAAUUGUCACCACCAACACAAGAUGAAGUCAGAUACUUUGGAUCAUCAGACAAAAGUAAAGGGUCGAUAGUAUUAUUGAUACUAGUUACGGUUCAUGUACGAUUAUUGAGGUAUUUUUGUUAAAAUGAAUCUUCUUCUAUCCUGUGAGUUGUGAGGUGAAUAACCAACCUCAUCAAACCUAGUGUCAGGGUUAUUCUUGAGCCGCCAAAGGGCCCUGAGAUGGUUCAUGUAACGAUUACUCACUGACAUCAGUGACCAACGGCUUAACUUGCCUUCCGCACGGAUCAUCUUACUUUCGGACAAUCAGGUGAUCAACCUGUAAUGUCCUAACCAAACUAGGGAUCCAAAGUAUUUUUGUGGUAUGUUCCCACCGGGAUCCGAAUCCGGGAUUCGAAUUCCGGAUCUGCCGGAACGUGAGCCCAACGCUCAACCACUGGACCACAGAGGCCGUUGUUAAAAGGAAUGUAAAUAGUGUUUUAAUUAGGUAGUCUAGAAUAAUGUUAAAAUAAUAGGCCUGGUUUUUGUGUGCUCCUUUCAUAGAUACGUAAUCGCGAUAAAUGAUGUUUAUUCUCAUAAAUGUAUUCUUUUUAUAUUCAAAAUAGAUUUUACGUUUGAUCAAAAUCUCACACGCGUACCUAGAAAAUGUCUAUUCAAUAUUAUUUAAGUGACUGAAUUCUGAAUAUAUAUGAAGACAAACAAAACUAUGUUAUUUUUUGCUUUACGUUUAAAAUAAUUCUAAGUAACAUGUAAUGUAAGUUAGUUACUUUAUGAAACUUAAUACUCUGGACUGACUUUAGAGAUCUCUUCUAGUUAUUUAGAAAGUAAUUGUAAAUUAUGUGUACAAUACUAACAAAGUUGUAGAGAAACGGAAAUUAAUUUGCGGUCUGUGUAAAUUUUAUUUCCGAUAAAACUUUUCUGUUUCAAAACCUUUGUAACAAUCUGUGAAUAUAAAUUUCAAAGCAUCACACCAUUCUUUUAAAGACCACUUGGUAUUUUUCAUAUAUUUUUAAUUAGGUUAUUUGAAGAUGAUAUUGGGCCCAAACCAGCGAGAUUUAUAAGUGGGAUGUUUCGUAACAUAGCUGUAGUACAGGGUAUUAGUGACAUCGUAACGAAUACUUUGAGAGAUGAUUCAAACCAUGAUUCUGAGUUGCUGUUAAGUGGAAUAUUCCGUCGCAAAA